AUGAAAAGUAAAGGGGGUGAAAGAAGGAAUACGCGCUAUUCAUUGUUGAAACUGGUUCAGUUGAAGUCUAUCGAUGGUCUGGUGGCAUUGAAGAUUAUCAAGCACAGCCAUGAGGAAGGAGCUGGCGGCACAGACUUGAUGCAGGGUGGUCUGCUUGGUCUUGUCGUCGACAACAGGCAUGAGAUUACAAAUUGUUUCCCAUUUCCCAAGCAAGGUGAAGAUGAAGACUGUGAUGCAGUAAAUCUCCGCCAUGUUAAUGUGGAUCAUUUGCAUGUCGGCUGGUACCAAAGCACCUAUUUUGGAUCGUUUAUAAAUCGUGCUCUGCUAUCAGCAUUCUAUAGAAGAAUCUGUUCCUACCGUCUGACACCGGAAAUGAUGAAGUUCUACAAGGAGAAUGACUUCACACUGGAGAACAUGACAAAACAUAACAUCAACUUUGAGACCAUGUUCCAAGAGAUCCCAGUGGUUCUGAGAAACUCUCACCUGGUGAAUGCUUUGCUCUGUGAUCUGUCUGAGAAAACCAGGAAAGAGAAGAAAUUUUCACCUCUUGACCUGGGCACCAGCUCUUGUGUGGAUGACGUUGCAACGGACACUAACAAGUAUCUCAACUUCCAGAGAAAUAAUUUCAAACAGCAACAGAUGAAACAGCAGUACCUUCAGCGAGGAGAGCCGCCUCUGCCAGAAGAGGACAUUAACAAGUUAUUCAAGCCACUGCCGACACCCCAGCGCUUGAACUGUACACUCGUGUGCGAGUUUGCAGCUUCCAGCCUCGGGAAGUUGUUUAUGGCAGAAACUCUACACACUGCAGAAGUUUUUUUUUUGGUCCAAGAGGUUGGGGUUUAA